AUGAAAAUCCUCUUGGUGAUAGCGGCGGGGCUCCUCUGCCUCGGUCUCGCGGAGGAGGUCAAGGAACCUGUCCAGGAGAAUGAAGUGGAGCCCGCCGCGGUGCCGGCGAAGCCGGCGGGUCCUGGGCGCAGUGGCCGAGCGCUGCAGGUGCGGGACCUGGAGAACCUGUCCAGGUACUUCGAGCAGACGAUGACGAGGCUGUUCGGGACCGAGGUGGCCCGACAGGUAGGCGGAUUCCCAGCGGCGAACCCAUUGCAGUUCCUCCAGGGCCUCUUCAGCAUCCCCGCGACCCUCUUCAACGCCCUGUUCGGGGCGGUCACCCAGGCCGUCACCGCUCCGGCGCGGUUCGCGACGGCGUUGCUGUCCUCCGGCACCUUCCUGCUUGGAGCCAUGUUCCCCAGACUCUUCCAGUCCUUCAACCGCGGCGCCACGGUGACCGUCCAGGAAGUCCAAGACGCCCCCGACGUGAGCAACCUCGCCGACGCCCUCUUCCUCAUCAGCCAGAAAGACCAAGCGGGCGGCGAGAAGACGCAGCAGGCGCAGCCCGACGCCCCCCUGCAGAUCGCCGACGUCCUCAACGGCGUCUUGAGGAACGACCAGGCCGUGUUCGACAACCUGCCGCAGAGGAUCUCCGGGUGGCUACCGGCGGUCUCGAGGCAAACGGCGGGGGCCAUCGGCACCACGGCCGCUCUCAUCUUCUUCGGCACCCCUAUCUCCACUCAAUUCAUGGAAAAUCAUGCUGAUGGAAUGAAUUAUAAGGCAUUACGGAUGCCGGACGCAAGCUAA